UAGUGAUUGUCGAGUGUGUCCAUUAUUGCCAUAAAAACAAACCACUCGAGUUCUUAAAAGAAACAAGGCAUCCAAAUAUGAUUAAAGUUGACACUGUUUUGUUAGCUCUGUGCAUGAAAGUUUGAGUUGUUUGCAACAGAAUGUGAUAGUGAUUGCUGAUUUUGGCUUUGUCUCAGGUUUUUGGUAUUUGGGUUGUUCUUGUUUUCUUCUAAUUAGCUCUGUAUUUUCCCCAGAGGUAUUUUGCUCACUACACAAUUUUGGUCCCAUGGCUAGAGAUCAGAGAACAAAAGGACUCAACAAGUCUUGCCUUCUGCUUAUAGUGAUAGCUGGUAUAGAGAGGUUUGCCUUCAAAGGGGUGGCAUCAAAUUUGGUAACUUAUCUCACAGAUGUAGUUAAGAUGACCAAUUCUGCUGCAGCCAAGACUGUUAAUAAUUGGUGUGGAUUCACAUCCAUGUUACCACUUUUAGUUGCAUCUCUUGCUGAUUCUUUUUGGGACAAGUAUCCUACCAUCUUAGCCUCUUCUUUCUUCUAUGUAGUGGGACUUGUGGCAUUGACAUCAACAGCUUUGACUUGGGCAUGGUAUCCCUCCAACAACCUAAGCUCUUCAUUCCUGUUUUGGUCUCUCUGUUUGAUCUCACUAGGCCAAGGUGCAUACAACCCAUCUUUACAAGCCUUUGGAGCAGAUCAACUUGAAAGUGACGAUGAACUUCCUUGCACAAAAGAUGACCAUAAGUCAGAUAAAAAGAGUAUGUUCUUUCAAUGGUGGUAUUUUGGUGUUUGUGGUGGCAGCCUCUUAGGUGUCACAGUCAUGUCCUAUAUCCAAGACACGUUUGGCUGGGUUCUGGGAUUUGCUAUCCCAACAAUUUCAAUGGUUACUUCAAUUAAAUUAUUCUGGUCUGGUGGCAGAAUGUAUGUAUAUAAACAGGAUGGUAAUAACAUCGGUAAAAGGCCUUUUCAAAGUUUUGUUCAGGCGAUUAAAGAAACUGCAUCAAAAUUAAUCAAUAGCAGAAUCAAAUUAUCAAGCAGCAACUCUGAAGUUGUUGAGCUAGAGCUGCAGGAGAAACCUCUUUGUCCUGAGAAUUUAGGCAAGGUCAAUGUCUUGAAUGACAACUCCAGGAAUGGCAUUUAUCCUCUUGAAAAUGCAAAAGUUGUACUAAGGCUUGUGCCUAUGUGGACAAUGCUCCUGAUGUUUGCAGUCAUUUUUCAACAACCUGCCACAUUCUUUACCAAGCAAGGUGUGACAAUGAAGAGGAAUAUUGGCAGCAAUUUCAAGAUCCCUCCGGCUACACUGCAGAGUGCUAUUACAGUGUCUAUAAUCCUUUUGAUGCCACUAUAUGAUAGAAUUUUUAUCCCAAUUGCACGUAUCAUAACUCGUGACGAAAAGGGUAUCAAUGUAAUGCAAAGAAUGGGGAUUGGAAUGGUCCUGUCUAUAAUAGCUAUGGUGAUUGCUGCACUGGUUGAAACAAAAAGGCUUGAGAUGAGCAAAAGAAUGCCCCAUUCUGAAACAGCUCCGCUGAGCAUAAUUUGGCUGCUACCUCAGUACAUUCUGCUAGGCAUUUCAGACAUCUUCACAGUUGUUGGGAUGCAAGAGUUUUUCUACAGUGAAGUUCCUGGAAGAAUGAAGACUAUGGGGAUUGCACUGUAUACUAGCGUAUUUGGAGUAGGAAGUUUCUUGAGUGCCCUGUUGAUUUCUCUGGUAGAAAUUUUCACCAGAUCAAGAGGGAGGCAGAGCUGGUUCUCUGACGACAUGAGAGAAGCUCACCUGGACAAAUACUACUGGCUUCUAGCCGCGUUAAGUGCACUGAGCAUGCUAUUUUAUGUCAUUUUGUGCAAAUUUCACAGAAGUAGGAGUGAAUUGGAUAGUGAGAACUGUAAAUGAUAUGUUUGUUUUAAAUUUUCAUGCAGUUUUUUUCUAAAGAAUUUCUUCGCUCCACUGUAUAAAAAUGUAACGUGUUUCUGUUUU